UUUGAUACUAUGAAAAAAAAUAAAAAAAUACUUGACAAAAGUAAAAUGAAACAAAUCAUUAUGAGUAAAAACAUAUGACUUUAACUCGAGAUAUAAAUAGGAUGAGCUCGUGCAAAAAUAAGUGUAAAAACCACGAUAAACUUGAAUAUAGUGUUCUGCAAUGCUGUGAAGUUUAUUUUCACAAAAAAGAAGAUUUUUAUUCCUUCAAUCUUUUGGAAUAUUUUUCUAUACUGCAUAAAAAUAAUUAGAUAUAUGUAUAUAUAACAAAUGUGACCAUAUAUCUUUUUCAUCCAUUUAUAUACGUUAUCUUUGACACGUCGGCUAUAAAUGUUACAAUCGAAUUAAAGAAAGUUGAGGGAAUUAUCUUAUAUUAGUAAUUUGUAACUUUAUUUCAUUGAAAAAAUGAAUUCAAUAAAGUAGUACAUAAUAAAUGUAUCUGAUUCAAUAAGAUAUACUGUUUGUAUCAAUUAUGUUUGAAUGAAAAAAAAUUGAAGAAAAUUUUUUAAGAAAUUUAUGAUUUAAAUCAAUGCUAAUUAGCAUAACUUUUGAGAACAUGGCAAUAAAUAAUAUGAACAAACUAUGAAAAAUCUUCAAAAAGAUGGAAAGCACCAAUAAUGAUAAUCAAACAUAUUAUAAUUUAAAAAGAAGAUAUCUUUUGAUAUUUCUUCUUGCCAGUUUUAUUGAUUGGUUACAAGGGCCUUAUCUCUACAAACUUUAUCUUCACCAUGGAUACAAUAAAUCAGACAUAUCGUUUUUUUACAUCACAGGUUUUGCAAGUAGUGCAUUGUCAGGCAUUUUUAUAGGCCAGCUUGCUGAUAUCUUUGGUAGAAAAAAAUUGUGUACAUUUUAUUUUAUAUCAACAAUUUUAGCCUGUAUUGCAACGAUUUCAAAAAAUUCAUCAAUUUUAUAUAUUGGUCGAAUAUUCAGUGGCACAUCGUCUACAAUACUAUUUUCAAUAUUUGAAUCGUGGUAUAUAAGUCAUCACCUAUCCUACAAUUUUGCUAAAAAUCAAAUAAGCUCAACAUUUGCUGAUUCAACUUUUUACAAUGGUUUACUAGCAAUUUUUGCUGGAUUUUUAUCAUCAAUACUUGCAGAUGGUUUUAAAUAUGGUCCAACAGCUCCAUAUUUAUUUAGUAUUCCGAUGUCACUUCUAACUGGUUACCUUUGUAUGAUUUUUUGGACUGAAAAUUUACCAACAAAGUAUUACUUUGGUCCUUUUAAAGGUAUUUCUAUUAUCUGUAAGAAAAAUUACACUAUUCUGAUUCAUGUAUGGCUUAUUCAAACAUUGUUUGAUACAUCUAUGUAUUCUUUUAUAUUUGUUUGGACGUCAAUUUUGGAUCCAAUUCGACCUAGUAAUGGCCUUAUAUUUGGUGCUUUUAUGCUUUGUAUUGCCCUUGGAAGUGCUUGUCAUAAUUUUUUGAUAAACUAUUGUCGAAUUACCCAUGUAAUAUUACUGUGUUUAAGUAUUAUUAUAGCUCUUGUUAGCACUAUUGCCAGUACUAUAGGUAUUCAUGUACAAAUGCAAAAAAAUGUUGAAUCGAUUGGUACCUAUAUUUGUUUGAUUUCUUUUUUAUUUUAUGAAUUAUCUGUAGGUUUGUAUUUUCCAACUAUUAGUUACGUUCGUGGAAUUAUCAUUCCUGAAUUUAAUCGAGCAAACAUAUCAAAUUGGUUUAGAUUACCAUCCAAUAUACUUAUUUGUAUUAUUUUAUAUUUCAUCAGAAUAGAUGUACCUGAUAACCGUUCAAUUUUUAUAUUAAAUGUUAUUUGUUUAAGUAUUGCAUUUAUUUAUAGCAUCAAAUUUAUGACAGCAUACUCUGAUAGGUUUAAUGAGAAAAAUGAAACAAAGCUAUCUAUCAAAUCAUCUUUAAUAGUUUAA